AUGGCGUCGACUGCUGAGACAGAUGAUGAUAUCAUUGAUGAUGAACACUUUCAUGAUUCAACCUUGAUAUUUCCUCCUGAAGUACAAGAAGCUAUAGAUCAGAAAAAAGUAGGACCUUUUUGUAGAGCUGACUUUGAGGAAGCUUUCCAAGGACCAGCUGCAAAGUAUGGCCCAAGCAAUUUGAAACAACUUGCAGAAGCCUGCUUAGUUGUCAAUGUUCUUGACCCUAAGGUUAAGCGGGACAUUCUAAGUUGGUUUGUCAAGUUGCAACUGUCAGAGUACACGGUGCUUUUCGCGGAAGACCAAGAUGUUGCUUGGUUAGACAAGAUAGAUCGGCGCUAUGCUUGGAUCAAACGAGCUUUGGUAGAGUUUGAAGAAAAGUUUGGUCAUAUCUUCCCUAUUGAGUGGGAAGUUAGUGAAAGGAUAUGCAUUGAAUUCUGUGAAAUUACCAGGAAAGAACUGUCCAAAAUAAUGCCCAAGCGUGUGACAGAGAUUGAUGUGAAGCUUCUUUUAUUUGCAAUACAAAGAACCACUAAUUUUGAGACAUUGAUUGCAAAACGAUUUACUGGUGUUACACUACAAGAAAAUCAGCCGCAACAACCAUCAAUAACACCAAUGAUAACUCCUACUAACCCUUUUGAGGAAAAUGCUGGUUCAUUUGAAUCCACUAAUCCUUUUGAAAAUGAAACAGGAGAACCAAUGGAAGAAACAAAGGUUUUGGGACCAAAACCACCAACUUCUCCAUUUGAUGGCAUAAUUUCCAAAUGCUUUGAACAACAUCUCAAUAUUUAUAUUGAAUCCCAAGAUCGAAAUUUAUCUGACCUAAUAACCAGAUUUGUUGAAGACUUCCGUCAACAUGGUAGUCCUCGUAUAGAAGGAGAAGAAGGAAGCAAUGUGUUGCCAAGCUGUGCAGAUCUUUUUGUCUUUUACAAAAAGUGUAUGGUUCAAUGUUCCCAACUAAGCACAGGGCAGCCCAUGUUGGAUCUUACAAAGACAUUCCAAAAGUACCUAAAGGAAUAUGCUCAUCGAGUGCUACUAAGCAAUUUACCAAAAAUGUCUUGUCAGACUAGUCACUUGUCAGCAGCCAGUGGCCUCAUCCAAAGUAUUUUGAAAGAAGGUGAAGUUGCUAAGUUUACUGAGGAGGAACAGUGUCGAGCCUGUAGCAUUCUAUGCACUGCUGAAUACUGUAUGGAAACCACACAGCAGUUGGAAAGCAAACUUAAAGAAAAGGUAGAUCCUCCUCUAGCAGCCCAGAUAGACCUUAACACUGAACAAGAUCUUUUCCAUAAUGUUAUUUCUAACUGUAUUGCAUCUUUGGUCCAAGAUUUGGAUUCUGCUUGUGAACCAGCAUUAACUGCUAUGAGUAAGAUGUCCUGGUCUACUGUUGAAACAGUUGGAGACCAAAGUGGUUAUGUGACAGCUAUUACUACACACCUAAAACAGAACCUGCCUAUCAUUAGAGAUAAUUUAGCUUCUUCAAGGAAGUAUUUCACACAGUUCUGUGUUAAAUUUGCCAACACAUUCAUUCCUAAAUUUAUCAAUCAUCUAUUUCGUUGUAAGCCAGUUAGUACAGUGGCUGCCGAACAGCUCCUUUUGGAUACUCAUUCCUUAAAGACUGUGCUUCAAGAUCUGCCUUCAUUGGGUUCUCAAGUUUUACGUAAGGCUCCUGCUAGUUUCACUAAAAUUGUCAACAAGGGGAUGACAAAAGCAGAAAUGAUAUUAAAGAUGGUGAUGUCACCUCAUGAGCCACCUCAAGCAUUUGUAGACAAUUAUAUGCGACUGCUCACAGAAAAUGAUGUGUUAGAGUUCCAGAAAGUCUUAGAGAUGAAGGCCCUCAAACGCAGUGAGCAGAAUACUUUACUUGAGAUGUAUAAAGCCCGGCUGCCAUUUAACAAUUCAAGUGGACAUAAUAAUGAGGUUCAACGAAACAACCAAGUGAAUGUUUCUCCAAUGCCAACAACUUCUACUCCAGAGGUAGAAUCAAGUCGAAUCAGAAGACUUGAAAAAUUAAUUAAAAAGAGAUUGUAA